CAGCAGUCCGAGGUUGAGCGUAGACCCAAAAUAGUGAAAUAGACGAGGAAACAAGGAACAGCUGCUGACGAACAUCAUGACAGAGGAACGAUAGCCAAUGCCUUCGUUUUGCUGUCGCGAUGAAAGGAGAAGGAAAACUGGAAACGCCGGCGCAGUCAAUGCCAACGAGUUGAGGUUGAGUUCGAACAAUGACACAAGCAAAGGUGGCCAAUCUGGCUCGUUUCACCUGCCUCGGAGUGAACUAUAGUCUGGCGAUACUGCUGAUAUUGCUGGGCGCUCAGCUACAACUAGUUCGAUGCAGUCGCAAAGAUAUGCUUGCUGGCCGCCUGGAAAAUGUUACACAGACAAUAUCAAAGAUACUCCAGGGCUACGAUAUACGUUUAAGGCCCAAUUUUGGCGGAGAGCCACUCCAUGUGGGCAUGGACCUGACUAUAGCCAGCUUUGAUGCCAUCUCAGAGGUUAACAUGGAUUACACAAUAACAAUGUAUUUAAAUCAGUAUUGGCGAGACGAGCGCCUGGCAUUUAAUAUAUUCGGUCAGUACUAUGAUCAUGAUGCCGAAGACGAUGGGGUGAACGAUGUGCUGACAUUAUCCGGUGAUUUUGCUGAAAAGAUAUGGGUGCCGGAUACGUUUUUUGCCAAUGACAAAAACAGCUUUCUGCACGAUGUCACUGAGAGAAACAAGCUGGUGCGCCUCGGCGGCGAUGGAGCUGUGACGUAUGGCAUGCGGUUCACCACCACUUUGGCUUGCAUGAUGGACCUGCAUUACUAUCCAUUGGAUUCCCAAAACUGCACCGUAGAGAUAGAGAGUUAUGGCUAUACGGUCAGCGAUGUGGUCAUGUAUUGGAAACCCACGCCAGUUCGCGGCGUGGAGGACGCUGAACUGCCGCAGUUCACCAUCAUUGGUUAUGAGACAAACGAUCGGAAGGAGCGCCUGGCCACUGGCGUCUAUCAGCGGCUAUCGCUCUCCUUUAAAUUACAGCGAAACAUUGGAUACUUUGUGUUCCAAACCUAUCUGCCCAGCAUUCUCAUUGUAAUGCUCUCAUGGGUCUCGUUCUGGAUUAACCACGAAGCGACCAGCGCCCGUGUAGCACUGGGCAUCACCACUGUCCUGACCAUGACCACGAUCAGUACGGGUGUACGCAGUUCACUGCCUCGCAUAUCGUAUGUAAAGGCUAUCGAUAUCUACCUGGUCAUGUGCUUCGUCUUCGUCUUUGCCGCCCUUCUCGAAUACGCUGCUGUCAAUUACACCUAUUGGGGCAAGCGGGCCAAAAAGAAAAUCAAAAAGCUAAAGGACUGUGAUCGACGUAAGAUGGGCAAAAGUGAAAGAUCCGAAACGUGUUCAACUACAGAAGAUAUAAUCGAGCUGCAGGAUGUUCGCAUGAGCCCUAUACCUUCGUUACGCAAAGGUAACUAUAAUGCGACCCUCGAUUCUAUCGGAACCGAAACCAUGAAUUUAGGCAAGUUUCCGCCUAGUUUUCGUAUAACUCGUAACUAUGGCACUGGACGCAGCCAGCUCAGGCAUCGCACACAAAGGGGAAUCUCCACCCGGCCCCGCAUGAUGCAUGCAUUAAAAAAGGGUGCCUCUGCCAUUAAAGCAACUAUACCGAAGAUCAAAGAUGUCAAUAUUAUUGACAAAUACUCACGAAUGAUAUUUCCAAUCAGUUUCCUUGCGUUCAACCUGGGCUAUUGGUUAUUUUAUAUUCUGGAAUGAUAGCUAUCUAUAUAUAAGUAGUAUAUUUACUCAAGUAUUGGACAGAUACUGUAGUCUUAAGUCAAUGCUUUCAAUUGUCGGCUUAAUAUUCCAUUUUGUUAAAACAUACCUAUGUUCAUAUAUUUACAAUGGCUUUUUCAUUCAUAUAUAUA